UAUAAAACGGCCGCGAGCGCGCGUGGUUCGCGAGAGGCAGCUGGAAAGAGGAGGCUGCUGCUGCUGUUACGGCGGUCGGUAGCUGCUGCACUCCGCUUCCAAUAUCGCAUUAACAUCGAUAAGAUAUUUGUGCUAGGGGCAUUGUCCAUCACAAUGGAAUAUCGCCGCUUCGAUCCGGCCCUGGUUAUCGUGGAGGAGCCCAAGCAACGGGGCAUGCGCUUCCGCUACCAGUGCGAGGGCCGCGCCACGGGCAGCAUCUUCGGCGAGCGCAGCGAUACCAGCACCAAGACCUACCCUGCCGUGCAGGUGCAGAACUACAGCGAGCGCGUUCUCCUGCGCGUGUCGCUCGUCAGCAAGGAGGAGCCGUACCGGCCUCACCCGCACGCGCUCGUCGGAACCGACUGCAACGACGGCAUCUUCCAGGCGACGCUCGAGCCCCCCGACCUCCGCGUUCAAUUCCAGAACCUGGGCAUCCAGUGCGCCAAGCGGAAAGACAUCAUGAGCGCCAUCCGAAUGAGGGUCACCAAACAAAAGAUCGACCCUUUCAACGUGGGCGCGCUGGCAUUUGAGAUGGAGGGCCUGGACCUCAACGCCGUGCGGUUUUGCUUCGAGGCCUUCCUCAUCAACUCGCACGGCUCCAUCGUGAAGGCCCUGCCGCCCGUCGUCUCCAACCCGAUCUACGACAAGAAGGGGUGCAACACGUCGGAGCUCAAGAUCAUCCGUCUGAACGAGCACUCGGGCUGCGCGGCAGGGGGGGACGAGCGCUACAUCCUGUGUGACAAGGUCCAAAAAGAGGACAUCGCGGUACGCUUCUUCGACGAGGACGCCUGGGAGGCGCAGGGCGUCUUCUCGCAGACCGACGUGCACCGGCAGGUGGCCAUUGUGUUCCGCACGCCGCCGUACCGCGACGGGCACACGGCCGUGCCUGUGUGCGUGCGCGUGCAGCUGCUGCGGCCCUCGGACGGGGAGACCAGCGAACCCUUGGAGUUCCACUACACCCCCGUCGACACCGAUCCUCACCACCUGCAGCAGAAGCGCAAGAAGAAGCAUUCGGCCUUUCAGAGCUGUGCUGCGGAAGCCUCCCAGGGAAGCUGGUGUGAGCAGAACGGAGAGUCGGCGGUGGCCACGUGCAACGAGACGCGACGCCGGCUCAAAGUGAAGCUGCAGCAGCACAAAGAGCCACGGAAGCCGGCGGAGCUCGUGACGUCGCCGCCGACGCCGGUGAAGCCGGAAGCCAUUCCGGCGUUCGUGCCCUACUUCUACCCGGCGUCGCCGGCCAGCUACGACGCGGCGCCCACGGGCUACUGCCCGGUCGGCGAGCCCGAGCCGCCGCUCGCCGCGCCCGCCUACCGGGGCAGCCUCUCCCUCUUUGGGCCGGACGCCACGCGGGGAGGGGUUCCGGGCGGCCGCCGCGGCGGCGGCGGCGGCGGCGGCGGCGACGGCGACGGCGACGAGGGAAUCAACGUCCUUGACCGGGCGCUCGCGACCAUCGACGCGGCGCUCAAGCGCACGCAGCCCGCCGAGCAGUACGGCUGGCACGCGGCGGCGCCGACGUACGCCGUCGCCUGCGUGCCGCCGCGCCCGCCGCUCUCGUCGUGCGCGCUCGGAGAGGAAGGGCCCGGCGCCAGCCUCGCGCGCGGGACGCCCGAACGUCCGCAGAGCGCCGGCACGGAGACGCCGCACGUCUUCCGACAGCUUCACCACCGCCAGCAGCGACCGCACGUGCACCAUCAGCACCUACAGCACCGCACGCAGCAGCACCACGUGGGAGAGGCGUUCCUCGGCGGGGGCGGCGGCGAGUUCCACGCGAGGCCCCAGACGUACACGGAGCUGCUCACGGGGCAAUUGCGGGGGGGCUUCGCCUUCCAGGAGCCGGGCUCGGCGCCACUCGACGUGCCCUAUGGGCUGUGCGUCGGCGGCGGCGUGGACGUGGAGCACAGCGGCUGACGGCGCUGGGUGCCGCCACCGGCGUCUGGGCGCGCAACUUGGCUGUGCUCUGUGUAAACAAACGUAUUAUUUUUCAACUUUACGAGUUUUUAACUUCCUCGUAUGCGGCUUGAAUGUAAUUAGCUUUUGUAGAAGUUUUUUACCGUUGGCUGCACGAUUUCUGCGUAGAACGUUGGGAGGGCAUUUUUACUCGUUUCUGAGAUGUCGAUGGGAUUUUGGUAUCCGCGCGUAUGCCACUGGUGCAUAUGGUUACUGGUGCGAGGUUCUUACCAAGCCGUCCGGUUUAAUGCUUUAAAAAGAACCCUUACUGCAAUUACAAAAGUAAUAUAUGUUCGUGUUUUCAUUAUGAUUACCAUAAGUGAAUUAAAAAAUGUACGUGUAUUUUUACCCGUUGCUUUCAAAGCAAUCCUGAUUUACCGUUAUUCAGUUACUGAAUUGUGUAAUGUGACAUCCUUGUGCGAUGAACCUCUAUUGAACAGUUGUGUGUUCACGAUGGUGGCGGUGGGGGCGCUCGUCAACGCCCUCUGAGUCACGAGUCACGCGCUCGCGGUCUCUGUGACGUCGUGGAAACGUCCCUUGCUGCACGGGCGGGUGGGGCUUUCAGAGGGGGGGGGCGGCUGGGGUUUCUUCCAACUUUGAAAGCGUUUCUGUUUCCUGAGCCUGAUGUUGAACUAAUGUUUUACUCUGAAACUGAAUUGUAAAGAUAUUGUACUGAGUAAAACGUUGUUGUUGCGGACUCUAUCCCUCUGAGAAAUGCUUGCGAUUGGUGCAAAUUUCAGUCCGAGGAGCUGAAGCUACUCUCACAGACAAUUUAUUCGCUUUUAUCAAAGUCAAGGCGAAACAUAUUGAGCGAGUCGGGUCGUUCUUAUUCACGGUACAACAUUUAUCUCGUUCGUCAUUUGUUCUUAUUCGCUGGUUUUAUCACCAGUGCGCGGUGCGUUUUGGAAAUGCUCAGACAAAAAACAACACACGUGUUUUUUCACAACAGCUGUUUUACGUGUUUAUUUUAUAUUUUCACCAUG